GACUUUUCCACUUCAGCUAUUUAUUUUAGCAAAUAAACAGGCCUUUGUCUUACUUUCCGUUUCUAAAAUAAUAAUGAUGAUAAUUUUUCCCUCCUCGAUCAAAGUUAGACUUAGAAGGUAACUUCAGGAAAAGUAAUGGAGUCGGAGUUGACUGACGGGAAAACCAGACGCGGUGGUAGAAAACAGCACAACAACGUCAGCGACAAAUGCCUACUACUGACUCCUGUGAUCAACAGAUGCAAGUUGCACCUGAUGACAGCCAAAACACUGGUUGCGGGAAACCUGCAAACGAUGUCUGAUUCUCAAGAUUUCAAUAACGAAACAAACAUCAGUACCACACAAACAGCUAGUGAUUCUAACACAGGAAGUGAGUUACAUUCCAACAAUAAAACCAGUGGCAACUCUGCCCAGCAUUUAGUGCGGCUAUCUGGUGCUGCUCCAGUUUUUCAUUGUCCAAAUGAAGCUAGAGGCAGAUCAAGCAGAAUGCCUCACAGUGCAGAGAUCACUUGUCAUCACAUGUGCCUAAAACAUCUCAAGCCAAUAGGUUCUCAAGGGUUUAAUCACAGAGCUUCUUCAGGUUUCACCUGCACCCAGAUAACUUCUGCUGCCAGUUUUCAACGCAUAGACUUGGACAGGCGUUGCCUGGAGGAAUUUCCUCAAAUGGGUUUUAUUGAAGAACUUCAACUUCUCAACCUGCAGCACAAUCUAAUUACCAGCAUCCAGCAUUUGUCGCAUCUGCAGCAGCUCACCGUCUUGAACUUACAUGAUAAUCAGAUCUCUGAUAUGAAUGGUAUUGAAAAUCUCAGCUCUCUCCGGGUCCUGAUGCUGGGGAAGAACAGAAUUCAUAAAAUUUGCUGCUUGGAACGUUUAUACAAACUGAGUAUUCUGGAUUUGCAUGACAAUCAGAUCAGGAAGAUAGAGAAUAUAUCCCACCUGAGUGAACUCCAAGUUCUGAACCUGUCCAGUAAUCGCAUUUCAAGUGUGGAGAAUUUGCAGAGCCUCAGCUCCUUGACUGAACUCAACCUGCAGUACAAUUGCAUCUCUGUGGUGACAAGGCAGCAUGCUCUGUUUGUGUGUGUGUGUGCAUGCGCAGAGUGGCUGAGGAUGCUGAAUGCUAGAGCAAAAAGCUGCAAGACUGAGGUGGACCGCCUGGCCAGCUUGCAGCGUCUCUUUCUUAGCUGCAACAACAUCCACAGUUUUGAUCAGCUAGCCUGCCUUGGAGAGUCACAGUCCAUUUCUGAGCUCACCCUGGAUGGGAAUCCUGUAGCCCUGGAGACAUGGUACAAGCAGGCCGUCCUGCGCUGUGUGCUUCACCUGAGACAGCUGGACAUGAAGCGCAUCACAGACGAGGAUCGGCGCAUGGCAGGUGUAUUGACUCGAAAAGAGGAAGAAAAGAAGAAGGAGAGUCACAAGCAGACAAUUCAUAAGGAGAAGCGUCGUCUAGCAAUCCGUAAUGCGGCCCAGCAGUGGGAGGGUGUCAAAGCCUGCUUGGAGCUGCCUCCAACAAACGGCUCUAAGGAGGACAUUAGUCCAGAGAACAGUCCUGCUCACAGCCCUGCGCAGACCAAUGGCCUGGCACAGGAGACUUCUCCAGAGGAACCAAGACGGAUAAGUCCAGGUUCAGGACCAGAACGACCAGAAAACAGACUCCGCACCAACAGCCGUCCUAACAGCCCUCGAGAUCCAAAACUUGUGGAGACAGGGAGUGGCAACGUUCAGAGCUUGUCCUUGUCUGACAGUCAUCUGGCGGAGCUUGAUGGAGACACCCUGCGUUUAUUUGGACUUGGAGCCCUGGAGGCUCUGGAGAGAGGUUGGGGUGUUCAGACUGCUGGUGCUGUCACCGUCAUCGCCUUCCGCUUCAUUAACUUUGAUGCCAUCGUUCCCACACUUCCUAGGAUAAGAGUCAAGUUCCCAAAUCUAUCGCACCUGAUAUUUCUGGAAACCAACAUCAGCCGUCUCCCCCAGCUCGCUGCUCUGGCUCAGGUGAGGCGUCUGGACCAACUGACCAUUCAUCCAGAAGGAAACCCAGUGAUCAGUCUGGCUUUGUGGCGCUCAUUCAUCAUCUAUCGUCUCUACCACUUCAACCUUCAAAAAAUCAAUGGCCAGGAGGUGACCAUGAAUGAUGUAAUUGCUGCAGAGCGUGUAUUUGGGACACUGGGUCACAUAGCAGCCACUGAAACCCCACGUUGCCGGCUCCUAUUGCUGCUGGAAGAGUCCAGGAAAAGGCAGCUGCAGUUCUUGUUGGAGGGGCGUGGUCGACGGGCGGGGCUGAGUCCAGAGGAGCUUCGGGAUAAUGGGAAGCUCCUGGGUGAAGGCCUGAGCAGAGCGCUCUUUAACUAUCCAAGCAGAGACUGUAAUCCAGAGAGCCCUGAGGAGGGCACUGUGGAGUCAUCGGAGCGUUCCGCCGUGAUAGAACAAUACCUUCAGGAAUUGGUCAAAUGGGCAUCAGACACCAAUCUGAAGGGUGAGGCUUUACACAAGCUCUGGCCAUCCAUGUUUGCAGAGAUGGUGAGAGACUGCGUGUUGGAGAUGAGGGACAGUGGGGCCUUCCGCCAAGCCAGUCUCGCAAAGCUCACUGAGACCAAGUGAAAAGGACCAAAGGUUCAACAUAAGAUCACAUACACAUUACCAAAUGUGGACAUUGCUUCCCGCUGCUUUUUUUUUUUCCCAUGUCAAACUCCCAAUUCUUGGCGCUUCAUCUCCUUCUGAUUUGAUCAGUUGUUAGUUGGAGACCCUUUUGAGAUGGAGGAUUUAAAGAUGUCUGUAAAAUUGUCAGCACAUCUUGACUGAAUGUAGAACUUCACUGAUUCCGUUCCUCAGAGUGUGGAGCUGUAUCAUGCCUAAGGAAGCUUAAAAGGACUCACUGACUUGUGGUGCACUGACUACCCUAAAAAAAAAUCCUCUGCACUUUAAAAGCUUUCUGAAUGAAAUCCUGCACCGUCCUCGACUGAAAAUUACCAGAGUAUUUUUCUGGAGAAUAGAAGGAUUUUUCUGUCCUCUAAUCAGCAUCAUGCAUUAUUAACUCACUUCGUCCUGCCUGACAUGAAAGAAAAGGCACAAACAAACACACGGUCUUUUUUGUUUACUACUGACUUUCUGUAUUGUACUUAGUAUUAAAAGAUUAUG